AUGCUUUUAUUUAAGAAAGUAACUCUCACAGCGCAGUCGCAAAGGAUGGAUAGGCUAGUGCAAAUUUGUAGAGAGUUACUGAAAAGGAACCCCCGAAGCAGGCUCAAGGGAGCUGAAGGGGAGAAUAAAAAUCAAUUUGUUCUGGCUCUGGAGAAGAUAAUAUAUAAGGGCAGUCCCAAAGAAAUGGAGCUGUGUUUGGUCAAAUACUACGACAACCCUGAAAACCUUCGCGAAGAUGUAUGGAGGAAGGCUAAGGAUGCGCUCAAUAGCCGCGUGCGACGUCUCCGGAAGGCUAUCAGGGACGGACAAAUCAGCACGCAGAAUGUUGAUCGAGAGAACGAGUUUUCUCGUUUGGACUUGUAUGACUGA